CUAUAACAUUAGAAUUAAAUCAUUAGAAUGUGUGUCUAUGUGUCAUUUACAGCAUUACUCUCUUCUUUUUCAGACAUGGCUGUGAGAGUUCUUACUCUUUUGACUUUGAUAUUCGGAUUGACUCUCGGAUUUAGCGUGGCAUCAGAUAAUGACCCUGCAAGUCUGGACUUCUGUAAGGACUAUGGAGAAGCAUUUGAGCAUGUGUUCACAGUCCCCCACGAGGCUGCGUUACUAAACUGCGAGUUAGUAAAUGAGCAUGUCUUUGAUACUUUAAACACCCCUUAUAACGUGACAUGGUACAAGCAAAGGACAGGCCUGAAGGUUACUGAAGAGAAACAGCGAACCAUAAUCAAGGAUAAAUCAUUGUGGUUCCUCAACGUUACUACAGAACACCAGGGUGGCUACCUGUGUGUUGUCAGAACUCCAGAUAAAUGUUACAAACAGGAGACAAUUGUUCAGGUUGACGAGGUGGAGUUCGGGACAUGUGGUCGACCUCAGAAAGGACUGCAACGGCUGCAAUUGCCUGUGAAUGACCUGCUGAGGUGCCCUUUAAGUGACUUUACAAAAGGAGUGGACAGUUAUUCCAUCCGCUGGUACAAGGACUGUGAGCCUCUUCGUGAAGGUCAAAGGUUUACCUUCAGGAGGAAGGGACUUGAGCUCCAUGUGUAUGACGUUUCUCACCAUGAUGCUGGACUGUAUACCUGCAGGAUGACCUUUUUCAUUGCUGGUGUCGUCAGUGAAGUUGCAGAGACCAUAGAGUGUGAAAUCGUUGAGACAAGAUCAAAAAGACCUCAGAUGAUCGAGCCUUCUAAUAAGAUCAUUAAAGUAGCUGUUGGUUCUCGGUUUAAUAAGACAUGCCGUGUUUUUGUACCUGGCCUGGAUGUUCAUAUGGUGGCGGUGAUCUGGACUCUUGAUAACAGUUCUGUCUCGCUAAACACCUCAGACCGCAUCCAUCAGGAAUCUCUAAUUGAGCGCUGGGUGGAGACUGGUGUUUGGUUGGAGCGCACAUUGUUGGUGUUUCCGGUGCUGGAGGAUGACUUAAACCUGAACUUUAUCUGCAGGGCCUUCAGUUAUCGUGGAAAUCCCUCUAGGUACUUUACACUCCAACUUGCAGAUCCUGAUCUGCUGUUGCCAAUUGGACUUCUGCUGACUUUGAUGGCCCUGCUGUUCAUCAUGGGAGUGCUUCUGUACAGAGCAUUUAAAGUUGAGCUUGUGCUGCUGUUCCGGACUCUGUUUCCCUUCUUUUAUGCAAGCACAGACGGUGAUGGAAAGCUGUACGAUGCUUAUGUUGUAUACCCCCAGUUUGAAGAGGACACCUCUAGUCAAAUGGUCGAGGUUUUUGCUAUGAAGACUUUGCCACAGGUUCUGGAGGGACGCUAUGGAUACCGGCUCUUCAUUUUAGGCCGGGAUAGUCUACCAGGACAAGCCAUUGCAGACGUGGUCAACGAGACAAUGAGCCUCUGUCGUCGGCUGCUGCUGCUCUACACUGAUGCAUCGUUAUGUAGAGCAGACGGUUCUGCAUGGCUCGAGCAGCAGGCAGGCCUCAACCUAGCUCUAAUAGACGACUCGCUCCCCGUGGUGCUGCUGGAGAUGAAGGAGCUCAGCGAUCCCUCCGUCCUUCCUGAAUCGCUGCGCCUUCUCCGAGAAAGACAAGGAGCUGUGCAGGCCUGGAGGAGGAGGAGAAAGUGGAGGUGCCAAGGAUCAGAGCAGGAUAAAGAAGCUCAGGAAUCACUCUCUUGGCUUACUUUGCCAUCUCGUUUUUGGAGGGAAGUGCACUACAACAUGCCUGUAAGGGGCAAAGCCAGAAGUCACUCUAGAAAGAAUGUUCUUUUGAACUUGUGAAUUUGUACUUGAGAUUCAAAAGGAGCUCAUACCUGAGUGAGGUUCAGGCGUGCGAGAGGUCCCAGAAUCGCAAUGCACUGAAGAUAGGCACUCCAAGAUAGCAGACAGUACUAUUAUCUGUAUUUCUCAGGUAAAAUAUUGUAAAGGACCAUGCUGAAUUAUAGCACUGGUAGCCUGUCGCAUACUAGGUUUAGUGGUUUUACUUCAUGGGAGAAAAAGAAAAUGUGAAUAAAAUGUGCCAGCUAAAAUACACAGUCAUGGGCAAACUAGAACACUCACUACCUCAUUAUUUAUAUAACAUAUUUUUAUAUCAACUUUCCCAUCAGCCAAGCAGCAAAACUUUGCCAGCGAGACCCCCCCCACACACACACAUCAAUCUCAGUAUUUCUAUUUAGAUUUUUAUUACACAUAUUUUCAAUUCCACAGCAGCCCACAAACUUUUUUAGUCAGUCCUAAUGCCCAUGUGUUGUCACAAGUAUGCGGACUCCUCUAAUUAUUGAAUUUAGGUGUUUCAGACACACUCAUUGCUAACAGGUGGAUAAAAAUCAAUGAAGCUUUUAAUUUUGUGAUGGCACUUUGGGGAAGGCCUUUUACUGGGAACCCCACAUGACUCGGCCCAUGUGCACAAUAUAAGGUUUGGAGUGUGGAGAAACUCCAGUGACCUGCUUAGUGAUCCCUGACCUGAACCUCACUAGGAUGAAUUUGAAAAUUGGCUGAGGACAGGUCUGCCAUCACAAAAUGCGCUUCCUAGAUGAGCUGAGGCUGUUCAGGAAGGAACAGAGGUUACUUCAUGUUAAUCCAUGAUUUUGGAAAGGAAUGUCCAACAAGCUCAUGGUCAGAUGUCCACAUAUUUUGGACAUAUGGUUUAUAUAUGUAGAUAGAAAUGGGUACCGUGCCGCUAACACGCUAGCACACCAGAGCUGACAUUUUGAACUGAGCUCUGCCAUGCGGCUGGGCUGGGAGGCUACAUGAACAACAAUUGGCUGUUGUUCAUACAGGGUGGGGAGCUGAAUAGGGGCCUCAUAACUGAUGCAAUUAUGACCCCUGCUGGUGGGCUAUGGCACCUGCACAGAGUAGAGGAAUAAUGCAUGGAUGAGGGUGUGUGUCUCCAUACACAAAGCUGAUCUGCAUAUGAACUCGCCUCGUGCAGGUGAAAAGACACAUGUCUCACUCUCAUCAAUCAGAAGUGAUCGGCAUCGGCAGAGAGGAAGCGUAAUGCAAUCAGGUAAUUGGAUACGACUAGAUUGGGAGGAAGAUUUGGAAAAGAAAAAAAAAAGGGGUAUUGUAAGUACUGUAGUCUGAAAUGAAGACUAAGUUUGGUACAUAUCUUAUUUUCAGGUAAAUAUUCUGUUUAUUUUAUAUGUUGUAAAAGCAUUUUUACUUUGUUUAUAUUCAUUCUUCUUAAAUGUCUGUCUUUAAAUAUAAAAUGAUUAUUUUUAAAAAUCUAAAUGUUUUUGUGUGUGAAUCUAAGCACUGGUGCUUGGGUGAUGCAGUGAUCUAUUACUCAAGCCAGCCACUGCUGCAGGUACUGUCAGUCGGCUGGGCACCCACACAGACAUGACUGGCUAUGUCUGAGAGGGAAGAUGGCUGAAGCUCACAAUAUAUUGGCACCUUGUCUGCAACUAAUUUCUGCCUUGAUUCCAGUGUUUCAGGGGAAACUGGACCCACUACAAUCCUGACCAAGCCAUAGAAAAAAGUACUGUUUACAACUACAUUUGUUUGCUUCUUGCCAUCUUGUUCUGGCUCAAGCUUCCCUUAAAGCCACUUCUGAAAAAACAGCUUUGAAAUAUGAAAAAGAGCACGUUUAUACCAUUUAUUAAUGUAAUUUUUUUACAGAUUAUGCUGGAAAAUACCGUUUUCUGUGGUCCACUUUCAUUUGAAAACAGAAAAAAAUGAAACGACACUUUAAUAUUGAAAUGACUCAUAAGUGUUCACUUCAGAUCUUGAUAAAAUACAUGUGUACCAAAAAUUGCUUCUCUAAGAGUCUUUAGUUGAGUAUGUAAAUAUUGGGGUUAUAUUGUUCUGUGUAUAUGAUUCAGCUGUAAAGAGAAUAACUGUACCAAAGGCCAAAGACUUAUACAAUCAAGGCUAUGAUGAUUAUUUCUGUAAUGUUAAGAGAUACCUGAAACUGGAGAAACUGUAGAAACAUACGAAUUAGGACAGAAUGAUGUUGUCCCUGUCACAAGAACUGGUACACCAAUAAAAGAAAACAGUAAAAA